AUGUGUAGCAAUAGUAUCACAGUCACAUCUGAUCAAUAUCCAAGCCAAAUCCUCAAUGGGAAGAAGCAAUUUGUGCUGGUUCAUGGAGCCAAUCACGGAGCUUGGUGUUGGUAUAAAUUGGCGACUCUAUUGAACUCCACAGGUCACAAUGUCACAGCACUAGACCUUGCAGCAUCUGGGAUUAACCCUAUUAAGGUAGAGCAAGUUCAUUCGUUCUCGGAGUACGUUGAGCCAUUGAUCACAUUUUUGGGGUCUCUUGCGCCUAAGGAGAGGGUUAUCCUAGUCGGCCACAGCUCGGGUGGAGCUGUCAUAUCAUUUGCUAUGGAGAGGUUCCCUGAGAGAAUUGCUGUUGCUGUAUAUGCUAGUGCUGUGAUGCCCGGUCCUUCUCUUAGUUACUUAACUAUAUCUGCCAAGCUUAUUCCAAGAUGGGUAAAUUUUAAUCGAGAAAAGCAAGGGUAUCAGCUGUCACCUCCAGAGGAUCUAACACUAGCAUCGACAUUGGUAAAACCUACCCCUACAUUCAGUGAAGAAAUAAAACUGACCGAGGAGAAGUACGGAUUGGUUCCAAGAGUGUUCAUCAUGUCCGACCAAGACCUUACAAUACAGAAGGAUAUACAAAUGUGGAUGAUCAGGGAAAACCCCCCAAAUGAAGUGAAAGUAAUAAAUGGUUCCGAUCAUAUGGUCAUGUUCUCUAGACCGCUGGAGCUGUUCUCCCACCUCCUCCAGAUUGCUGAGAAAUAUUCACAUGAAGAUCAUCAUCAUGGUUAUUGA